CGAGUCAGACGGUUAUUACGCUUUUCUGACUUUUUCCAUGGCUUCGACGUUCUUCACCUGGUUGCGGUCGCCAGCAGCUCGCGAGUAUUUCUUCAGUACUCACUUUUGGGGACCGGUUGCAAACUGGGGUCUUCCGUUGGCUGCCAUCGCUGACCUGAGCAAAGACGAGGAAGUUAUUUCUGGGACGAUGACAACUGCUCUCGCAUGUUAUUCGAUGGUCUUCAUGCGUUUUGCUUGGAGAGUACAACCCCGGAAUUACCUGCUGUUUGCAUGUCACGCAACGAACGCAACAGCUCAGUCGGUUCAAGAUGCCCGCUUCGUCAAUUACUGGUACUUCGGUGGUCGGGAGAAAAAGUAUGGCCUCGCGGACAACAAUACAAACAGACCUGUAACAGAGGCAAUAGAGGCAACAAAGCAACAAAGCAACGAAGUUUCCAGCACUAAAUAGACCGUCCUGUAAGCUCCUCUUUGGUGAUGGGACCAAACUGAAAUUGACGGUAACCAGUGCAAGAUACCAUUAGUGGGUAGUAUACUUCGAAAGUUACCAA